AUGGUUUUCAUGAUGGCCACCAUUUCCACGAAGUCCCAACCUUUGCAAAACCAUUUGUACAUCUACAGAGGCCUUUCAUGUAACUCGCUGAUGGCUGAUUCAUGUUCUGACAGAAUUCCCCUGCACGAGGCAGCCUAUCAGGGCAGACUCCUUCAUGUCAUGUGCCUCAUCGCCCAGGGCUUUCAGGUGAACGCUCUCACCAUGAGUCCUCUUCACGAGGCGUGUCUCGGGGGUGUCUACGCCUGUGCCAAAUUCCUCUUGGACAAUGGUGCAAAUGCUCAAGCAAUGUCAGCAGAUGGCGCCACGCCUCUCUUUAACUCCUGCAGCAGUGGAAGUGUUGCAUGUGUCAGACUCCUCUUACAGCACGGUGCCUCCAUCCACACCAUUCACCAGCUGUCUUCUCCCCUUCACCAGGCUGCUAAAAAAGGGGUCCAGGAGUUGUGUCACAGAGAGUGUUUGGAGCUGCUGUUGUCCUGCGGAGCUCAGAUUGAUCUGGAGCUGCCAGAUGUGGGGACCCCGCUGUAUGCAGCCUGCAGGGCCCCUGCAGCAGCGUGUGUAAAGCUGCUGCUGCAUUCAGGUGCAGAUGUUGGAUCUGGAUGUGGGCAGGACAGUCCUUUGCAUGGUGCAGUUCGUGCUGGAGAAGCUAACGUUGAACUUCUGCUGGACUUUGGGGCAGAAAGAGCCUGCAGGAAUGCUGACGGGAAGACUCCUCUUGAUCUGUCAGCACCAAACAGUGCGGUUCGAUUUGCUCUGCAGAGAAAAGGUCCCUGGUCUCUGUCUCAGCUCUGUUCUUUCUGCAUUUGCCAUAGUCUUGGGCGACCUCGUCUUCAUAGAACCUCCAUCCUCGUCCUUCCUCACAGCAUCAAGAACUUCCUCCUUUACCAUUGACACAUCUGUUUAAAAGACUAAAUGGCCCAUCAUCAAAUUUCUUUUUAUAUUAACAUAUUCUCACAAAAACUACAACUGCAUAUUUGUAUAAUUUAGGACAAUAUUGCUUUUAAAAUCAUGACAUUUAAGUAGUACUUACAGGUUCAAUUUGCCUAAUGAGUCAGACUUCGCAUUUUUG